GCAAGAAGCUGGACUCUUUCUCGGCAGCAUCAACUUGUCAAAGGAACUGACAAGAUCACCGGACUUAUGAGAUGGCAGUCUUUCUGCUGCUGCUCGCCCUUGGACUGCUUCUUGCAAAGCCUUCAGAAAGCAGAAUGAAGAGGACCACAGAACAAUUUUCACAGGAAGAGAUGCAACCUGCUGCAAAACAGAUUCUAGAGGAAUCAGCAAACUCAACCCUGUCAGACAAAAAUACUGGCCUCAGCAUAUCCAAACAUGUGAUGUCUGCCACACCCCUAACAUCCAGAAGACUAUCUUUUAUUAUCCCCAAGGGAAAUACUAUGAGAGAUGGCAGGAACUGUGUAAACAGCCUAAGAGUCUGGAGAACCGAGGUAGACGUGAAUGCGUCCUGUCAGUUGGACAAUAACUUUAUACAUGGCUCCAUGGAUGUGAGCCUCAGAAUUCCCAAGGCCACCAGAGGGAAGUGUGAACAAACACCUAACCCAAGCAGCAGUGGGAGCCUAGGACUGGAGCAUACCACAUGCAAGGUCCUUGCAGGCCACCAGUGCUUCAGGUCCCAUGAGCACAGCAUCACCUCAUUAAAGAAAAUCCUGACAGUGCUGGCAAGCAAUUCUCUGAUGAGCUGGUUAGUUAGUGGCUGUAAAUUGUAAAUCACAGGCUUUGGGACUAAAGAAGGACAAGUUCAUGGUCAUUGUUGCUUCUCUCCUUCUGCCUCACACAUCUUUCCUUUAGUAAGUGGUGAACACUAUUGGUACUAACCGCAUGAGCGAAACAAAGUAGCAGCACAAAUUAUUUAAAACUUGUAGCUGACCCUAGAACACACACUCAUCUUCCGGCUCUCACUCUUGUUCCCACAAACUGAACUCCUUCCUGAUUUAACUAUCAAGCUACC